CACGAUGUAGCAUCUCAUAAUCACGACUUAACAUCUUAUAAUCACGACUUAGCAUCUCAUAAUCACGACUCAACAUCUCGUGGCCACGACGUUGCAUCUUAUAAUCACGACGUAGCAUCUCAUAAUCACGACUUAGCAUCUCAUAAUCACGACUUAACAUCUUAUAAUCACGACACAACCUCUCAUAAUCACGACUUAGCAUCUUAUAAUCACGACUUAGCAUCUUAUAAUCACGACACAUCUCAUAAUCACGACACAACAUCUCAUAAUCACGACGUAGCAUCUUAUAAUCACGACGUAGCAUCUCAUAAUCACUCA